CCGGCCGCCCGCCCCGAUUCUCGCGCACCAACACUGCGCAUGCCAGCGCCGCCGAUCGCCAGGCGCCACCACCACCUCCUCCUCCGGCGGCGGAUCAAUAGUAGCUUCUCUGAGCGGUUCUUGCUCCUGCGGUGACGACUCAGGUGCUGCGGUUACCGCUCGUUCUUCUUGCUCUGCUCGUCGGUUGGGAGGGAAGCUUGAGCGGAGACCGGAAAGUCAAGCAGCUAAUGCCUCCCAACGCCCAGGACGCGCACGGAAGCACCGGCCUCCCCGUGACGGCGGCCCCGGCGGCGGCGGCGAACAAGAUGGACUGCUUCCUGACCACCGCCUGCACGCCGCUCAACCUCCAGUUCAUCGACGUGUCGUACCGCGUCAAGCAGACGGAGCGGUCCGCGGCGGCGAAGGCGCCGCCCGGCAGGAUAUCCUCGCACUCCAGCGCUGGCGCCGCGGCGGUGCCGGAGGAGCGGACGAUCCUCAAGGGCGUCACGGGCGAGGCGCGCGCGGGGGAGCUGCUCGCGGUGCUGGGCCCGUCGGGGAGCGGCAAGUCGACGCUGCUCUCCAUCCUCGGCGGCCGCCUCGCGGGUCGCCACGCCGGGACGGUCCUGGCCGGCGGCCGCCCGCCGUGCCGCGGCGUGCAGCGCCGCACGGGGUUCGUGGCACAGGACGACGUGCUCCACCCGCACCUCACCGUGCGGGAGACGCUCGUCUUCUGCGCCAUGCUGCGCCUGCCCCGCGCCGCGCCGGCCGCGGCCAAGGCCGCCGCCGCCGAGGCCGUGAUCGCCGAGCUGGGCCUCGCCGCGUGCGCCGACACCGUCGUGGGGAACGCGUUCGUGCGCGGCGUGUCGGGGGGCGAGCGGAAGCGCGUCAGCAUAGGGCACGAGAUGCUCGUCAACCCGAGCCUGCUCAUCCUCGACGAGCCCACGUCGGGGCUCGACUCCACCGCCGCCGCGCGCCUCGUCGCCACGCUCUCGGCGCUGGCGCGGAAGGGCCGCACCGUCGUCAUGUCCGUGCACCAGCCGUCCUCCCGGGUCUACCGCAUGUUCGACUCCGUCCUGCUGCUCGCCGAGGGCAGCUGCCUCUACUUCGGCGCCGGCCGCGACGCCAUGGACUACUUCGGCUCCGUCGGCUUCGCGCCGGGGUUCCACGUCAACCCGGCCGACUUCAUGCUCGACCUCGCGAAUGGUUUUGCUCAAGCAGAUUACAAUUUCACCGCAGAAGGCGGCAGCGUGAAGCAGUCGUUGAUCUCGUCUUACAACAAGGUGCUCGCCCCAAGGGUGAAGGCGUCCAUCAACGCCGGCGCCGCCGCGGAGCACGCGCAGACUGGCAAUGACGGCGGCGCCGAGCCGCAGCUGCCGGCGGAGAGCUGCAGCGGGUGCACGAGCUGGGCGAACCAGUUCACGAUCCUGCUCCGGCGCAGCCUCAAGGAGCGGCGGCACGAGACGUUCACGUCGCUGCGCGUCUUCCAGAUCAUCGCGCCGGCGCUGGUGGCCGGCGCCAUGUGGUGGCGGUCGUCGCCGCUGGCGGUGCAGGACCGUCUGGGCCUGCUCUUCUUCGUCUCCAUCUUCUGGGGCGUCUUCGCCUCCUUCAACGCCGUGUUCGCGUUCCCGCAGGAGCGGCCGGUGCUCGCCCGGGAGCGCGCGUCGGGGAUGUACGCGCUCUCCUCCUACUUCAUGUCCCGGAUGGCCGGCGACCUGCCCAUGGAGCUCGCCCUGCCCACGGCGUUCACGGUGAUCGUGUACCUGAUGGCCGGGCUCAACCCGGCGCCCGCCGCGUUCGCGCUCACCCUGGCGGUGAUCCUCUCCUACGUGCUCGUCGCCGAGGGGCUCGGGCUCGCCGUCGGCGCCGUCAUGAUGGACGCCAAGCGCGCGUCGACGCUGGUGACGGUGAUCAUGCUCGCCUACCUCCUCACCGGCGGGUUCUACGUGCACAACGUGCCGGGCUUCAUGGUGUGGGCCAAGUACACCUCCUUCACCUACUACUGCUACCGCCUGCUCAUCGCCGUGCAGUACGGCGGCCACCUGCGCCGCCUGCUCCCGCCGGAGGCCGUCGACGGUGAGGCCGGCCCCGGCGCAUGCGUCGCCGCGCUCGUCGCCAUGUUCUUCGGGUACCGGCUGCUGGCGUACCUCGCGCUGCGCCGCGUCAGGAAGUGACCUGGCCGCCGGCGCCGCUGUAGCUAGCUAGCUAGGUACGUGUCCAUUAACUAUUCCGGCCGGCCGGCCGGCCCGGCACGAUGACCAAAGGCCCCGGCCGGCCGGCGCGCGCGGCGAACCGAGAUCCGCGGCGCCGGCGGGCGGGCGGGGCGUCGGGGGGAGAUGAGUCGACCAGAUGACGCGGUAGUUGUUGGCGUCGCCGGCGAUCGACGAGGUCGUCGUCUUCCUCUUGGGAGUUGGGAUUUCUUGCUUUUUUUUUCCCUCUUACCUAAAUUUGGUGGUCUCCGCGCCAUCGAUCGAUCGAGAUGCCUUCUUGAAAGCAAGUGUACUAUAUAUUGAUCAAUCACUGGGUGUAAGUUGUGAGAGCUGAAUUGGGGGCUUCUUGGUCUGAUGAAGAUGAAUGGAUGGUUGGUUUGAUUAAAA